UAAAAAGAAUAUUUAGGGCAAACGAGUCGAGCCAAGAACCCUAAAACCCCAGGAUGAUCAUUCCAGUGCGCUGCUUCACUUGCGGCAAGGUGAUCGGCAACAAAUGGGACACCUACUUGGAUCUUCUCCAGGCCGAUUACCCAGAGAGUGAAGCGCUCGAUGCUUUGGGACUUGUGCGCUACUGCUGCCGGCGAAUGCUCAUGACUCACGUCGAUCUCAUCGAAAAGCUGCUCAACUACAACACUCUGGAGCGCAACGAAAACAAUCAGUGAAGCUUCUGUGAGUCUUGUGACAUAGCUAGCCUAUACAAACUUUGCAAAGAAACUCUUCGAUUAUUGUAGAAUCUCAAUGAAUUGAGAGAGCUUAUUGAGAUC